AUGGAUUCAACUGAUUCAACUGAUUCAACUGUUUCAGGUCAACGAAUAUACGAAGUACCAGAGUAUCAAGGCCCUCUUACACGGUUUGGAUUAAUUACUAAUAAAAGAUUAAGUCCAGGUUAUAAACCCAUACCAGGGCCUCACCGAUGUUAUUCUCAUUAUAAAGACAUCGGUAAUGGUCUUUUAUCCGAUCCACUUGAAUUCAUAAAACCUUUUUCUAUUUUUUGGAAAUGCAUGAAAAGUGAAAAAGGAUUACAGAAAGGGGUAAUUGUUAGCGAAGGAUUCCGAUUAUUUAAUGAAAUUCUUUUAGUUCUUUGUGUUUGGCUUGAAGGAUUGGCACGUGCGAACAGUAUUCUUGACCAAAUAAGCAAACUUCAAGAAUCGCAAUCGCAAACUUUAUCAGUAAUAAAUAGUUCAUCUAACAAUGCUGAAGAAUUAGAUUUAAAAUAUCUUUUAGAAGAAAAUGAUUCUAAUUCAGAAAAUACGGGUGAAAUAUCUGAUAGUUUAGAAGAUAAAGAUUUUGAUCAUGAUGAUUUGUCUUCAAAACGGCGUAGUUUUAAAGGUCAUCCAUCACUUUCUAUAAAUACUUCAAAUAUCAAAUCACCUAGUCGUUUAAUUACACCGGAUUCAUCGGAUUCUGAAUUUGAUAUGUCAACUGCACAUAUGCCCCUGGCACCUACAUUAGGUAAUAAGAAUUCCUCACGUGCUAAUCGAUACAGUUCGGCUGAACAUUAUGAGAAUGAAAUUUCGGUAGAUAGAAGGGCUAACAGAAUAAAUCGAAGAUCACAAACAGAUGAUUCUUAUCCUAGUAUAGAUAUACAAGAUGAUAAUAGCAUAAUAUCUAGUGAAUCCAUAACUGAUUCAUUAAAAUUACGUGUUCCAAAACAUGUUUCAUCUCUCGGAAAUGGUUUAACAUCUGAAAGAAAGCAACGAAAAAACAAAAUCAUUUCCGUUUCUCCAUCUGCAACGUCACCUGGAAGUUCACUUGAGGGUACAAGCUUAUCGAACCCAAGUGCAUCACAACCAUUAACGGGAGUCGCUCAACAUCACAAACAUUUGCAAAAUGCUUUUGAAUCUUUUGAAAAACUAUUCACAUUCUUAGGCGGACCUGUGGAUGAUUCAUCACCACCUCCAUCACGUUCGAUGGCCAUGGUUGUAUCAUCGGCACUUACGCUUAAUACAAGAAUGCGUAAUCUUGUAGGAAAUGACAAUCCACCCUCGGAACGGUCAUUGAAAGCUUUGUUAAAGACAAGUGAUGAACAAAUUAGAAGUUUGACUGAAUGCAUAUUAGCAUUAAGUCCACUUGCACCGAAAAAAACUUCAAAAAGAAUGUCGACAGAAGUUAAUGGACGAGGAUACGCUCAAUAUUCCGGUGAUCCAACUCUGUUGCAAAUGCCAACUCCUGCACAUUCAGUACGUUCCAUGUCCCCUAUACAGAGAAUGUCAUCUGCACCAUCUGAAUUCCAAGAAUUACAAAAUUGUGCCGAACAUACCGAUGGGUCAACACAAAGAACAUCACCGAUCCCACAAUCCGAUCAACCAUCACCAACUUAUUACAAUCAAACACAAAGACCACGUUCGAGUUCGAAUCGUAUUUCUCGACCUCCUUCACCUGGUAUAUUACCAGAAAAUAUGUUAGAUCAACAAUAUAUACAACAGGCAGCGUCACGUACUUUAGACUAUCGAGAACUACGCAAUCGAAGAUUUUCAAGUGGUGCAUAUAAUAGUUCGUAUUCUGGGACACUUCCAACCACAUCUCCCUCACCUCCUCCACUUCCUCAUUAUGAUUCUUCCACUUCAAAUGGACGAAUGUAUUAUGACCGUAACGAACUCCCACGUAUGCAAAGGUACAACCACCAAACUUUUAACAAUACCUUGCCAUCUUCUACCGUAAUCACACCCCACCAACGAACAACAUCACGUCCUACGUCUUAUAUACGUACGGAAGAACCACCGUAUUCAAUUAAUCCCGGUCGAAAUUCUUCUCUAUAUCGUUCUACAUCGGGGAGGUCUUAUACUCCACGUUUUGUUGGUGAUGAGUUUGCUAAUAAUUCUAGACAACAAUCAAGAAUGUAUGAAUUCACCCGUAAAACGGAUCAAUCAUUACCAAUUGAAAGACGUCAGGCCUCUGCAUCCGAAGUGGAGCGAAGAAAUGGAUAUGAUCAAAAUGUGUACGGCGAAAACGUACAUGAAAGAGAUUAUAUCUCGAGAGGAAACGACCUCAAUAAACAUAAUCCAGAAGUUCAAAAUGAUAGUGGCGAGGUUAACGAAGAAAAUCGAAGUGGAGAAAAUUGCGAAAAUAAUAAUAUUUGUAAUGAUGUUAGCCGAGUUGGACGAGUUGGAUAA